AUGGCUACAGAAAUCCUGAGAAACGUACAGGAAGAGGUAACCUGCCCCAUUUGCCUGGAACUCCUGAGAGAACCAUUGAGCCUGGACUGUGGCCACAGCUUCUGUCAAGCUUGCAUCACUGCAAACAGCCAGGAGUCGAGUCAAGCAGGGAAAAACAGCUGUCCUGUUUGCAGAAUCAUUUAUGAUCCUGGGAACAUGAGGCCUAAUCGGCAUCUGAACAAUUUAGUCGAGAGGCUCCGAGGGGUCAAUUUAAGCCUAGAGGAGGAAGAGAAGCAAGAUCUCUGUGCGCACCACGGAGAGAAGUUGCUGCUGUUCUGUAAGGAGGACUGGAUGCUCAUUUGCUGGCUGUGUGAACGCUCUCAGGAGCACCGUGGUCACCACACCCUCCUCCUUGAGGAGGCAGCCAAGGAAUGCAAGACAAAUCUCCACGCAUCUCUGGAGCAACUGAAAAAGAAGCGGCAGAAAGCCACACAAUUUGAAACUGCUCUCAGAGAACACAGCACCUCUUGGCAGAAUCAAAUAGAAUAUGAGAUUCAAAGUGUCCAGAAAGCAUUUAAAGAAGUAAGAGAUAUUCUGGAUUUGAAGGAACAGAAGGAGCUGCAGAAGCUGAGGGAAGAAGAGAAAAAAAUUCUCCAUGACCUGGCAGAGUCCGAGAAGGAGCUGGUUCAACAGAGCAAUUUCACUAGAGGUCUCAUCUCGGAACUGGAGCACAAACUACAGGCAUCACCAAAAGACAUGAUGCACAAUGUGAAUGAUCUCCUCAAAAGGAGUAAGAACUUGACUCUGAGAAAGCCAGAAACAUUUCCCCUGAAAGAUCGCAAAGUAUUUCAAGCUACUGAUCUAAGUGGGAUACUGAAAGCAUUUUAUGAACUGAAAGAUAUGCAGCGCUACUGGGUUCAGAUGACUCUGAAAGUUCCUGACAAUAACCCGGGUAUUGCCGUUUCUUUGGAUGGAAGACAAGUGAGAUGUUUCGCCAAUGGGAGUUCACAGCAGGGUCUUUCAAAUGGUGGUUGUGACAAUUAUGUUCUGGGCUCUGAAGCUAUCCAAUCAGGAAAGUGUUACUGGGAGGUAGAAGUGUCAGACAAACAUGAAUGGAUGGUGGGUGUACAUCAAAUCUCAUCAAUUAGAUCCUCUCAAUCCAGUCAACAAAAUAAUUCUUCAUCUUCCUUUGUAUGUAGUAGGUCCUCCGCUCAUUCACCUGUCUUUGAACCUGUGGGGUCCUCUCGUGCAUCUCGCUUUAUAUAUAUUGGUUCCUUCUAUCUCUGUAAUGAACAAAAUAAUUAUUCAUCUACCUUUGGAUCUAUAAACUCCUCACCAUUCCAAAGAGAUAUAGUCCCCAAACCUGUACCCUUUGACCAGCCCCCUAUACAUGAACCUCAAUUUGACUACUGGGUUAUAGGGUUACAGAAUCAUCCUGAGAAUCAAGUUUUUGUGAAUACUUCUGCAUCUCAUUCUGGGGCCUUGACUCUUUCCAUGACUGUUCCUCCCUGUCGUAUUGGGGUUUUUGUUGACUAUGAGGCACGCACAGUCUCAUUUUACAAUGUCACAAACCAUGGGUUUCUCAUCUAUAAAUUCUCUUCGUGUACCUUUACUAACAAAAUAUUCCCAUAUUUUAAUCUUAUGAACUGUUCUGGCCCAAUAACUUUGUGUUCACCAACUUCUUGAACUACCACACACUCUCACAUUUUCAUUGUAGCAUUAUUUGCUUUAUGGGGGGAAGAGGAACUCCACCCAGUAGUAUUUAGUGGUUACUCCUGGCUCUGCACUCAGGAAUGACUCCUGUCACGUAUCAGGGGAACAUCAGGUCAGCCACGUGCAAGGCAAACAUCCUAACUGCUGUACUACAUCUGUGGCUUCAAUACUGCUUGCUUUGGGUGCCUCCAAUAGAACAUGACUUAUACUAUUCCUUCAUGUUUU